AUCAUCACGUCCAUCAAGUACCUUUAUAAUCAAUCCUCUUCUUCCUGAGGCAGCUGCAAUGAAGCAAUGGUAAUUCUUGAAAAUUAACAAUUACAUAUUAAUGCAUUUUUAUUAGAGUUAUUUAUGUGAUUUAUGUAAUUUACAUGUAUAUUUCAUUUCCUUACAUUAUUAUUCUUUUCUGAAUUUUAAGGGCGGAGAAUAACGAUUUGAUAAUUAGAAGUAUUAUUGCAAGAUCCUUGACCUACCCAUCUGCACCACUGUCAUCUGUUGGUAUUCGGGAAAUUGUGAAGAAUUGUGAUAUUGCAGGGUUGAUUAAGGGUUUACAACCCAUGGCGGUAAAUAUUAUUUUAUUAGUAAUAAAUUAAAAUAUUUACACAAACAUUCAUUCUAAAAAUUGAUUAUAAUUUAAUGCAGAAAGCAAAAUUCUGGAUAAAGGCGAAGGUAAAUGUUAUUGACAUCACCCAAGUUUUUUAUUACAUGUCAUGCAUUGGCUGUAAUAAAGGAACUGGAUAUAAAUACAAUGAAAGCUUCGUUUGUAUGUAUUGCAAAAACCAAGGGGUCUGCAAACCACGUGCUAGGGCAUAUGUUGAACUGGACGAUAACACUGGAAAGCUAGCUGCUACUAUGUUCGGUGAAGUAGCAGAACAGGCACUUGGUUGUUUAACAGUUGAAUUGAUGGAACGUGCUGGAGAGGAAAAUCCACCGUAUGUUAAACGCAUUGCGGACAAAUUAUCAAAAAAAAUUUGGAAGAUUCAAGUCUAUGCAGAUCCAGAGAAACUAAAGGAGAAAAAAUAUAGGCAAUUUAAUGUCCUCUCUAUUGAAGCGGUGGAAGAUGAAGAAAAUGCUGGGUCGUCAUGUUAG